GUGCCAUAGCGCAUGCUUUGGUCGGAUUAUAACGAAAUGUGCUGUGCAAUCAAACAAUGCUCGCUAUCACUUACGCUCGUAUAAUGAAAUUGUUUUUACAUUUUGAGUGAUUAAUUUGUAUGCAUCGUCGAUUGUUUCCAGUGACAAACGGAUUUUAGAAUAGAGCACGAUGGCAAACGAAAACGUUUGUUUAAACGAUAAAAUCGCUCUGAUUUGCACCUUCAUAGUGGGAUUUCAACUGAUUAGAUUUCUGUUCAGGACAUUGUAUAACAAUUUUCUUGCCACUACCCUGAAGAUAAACGCUGUUAAUUUGAAGGAAACUGGAAAAUGGGCAGUCGUUACUGGAGCCACUGAUGGUAUAGGGAAAGCAUACGCAGAGUUAUUGGCAAAAACUGGAUUUAAUGUAGUCCUCAUAAGCAGAACACAAGCCAAGCUUGAUGACGUAGCCAAAGAAUUAGGAGGAAAGUACAGAGUGGAGUUUAAAACAAUUGCUGCCAAUUUCACGGAUUCCGAGGGUAUUUACCAUGACAUAGAUAAACAGCUCACAGGCCUGGAUAUCGGAGUACUCGUCAACAAUGUCGGCAUGAGCUACUCUUAUCCCGAAUACUUCUUAGACCUCAAGAAUAAGGACGAAAUCUACACUAAUAUAAUCAACUGCAACAUCUUCUCCGUAACCAACAUGUGCAAAAUCGUACUUCCUGGAAUGGCUGAGAGACGACGAGGUGUGGUGAUCAACAUUUCCUCCACUGCUGCGCAGAUUCCCAGUCCCCUGUUGACAGUUUACUCUGCAUCUAAAGCGUAUGUUGUUAAGUUUUCAGAAGACCUCUCUGCAGAAUAUGCUAAAUUUGGUAUUACCAUUCAGUGCUUGUUACCAGGGUAUGUCGCCACCAAUAUGUCCAAAAUCAGGUCGUCCACGUGGAUGGCACCUUCACCGCUCAAUUAUGUUAGAGAAGCGAUGAAGACCAUUGGUGUCAAAGAGAAAACUACAGGGUAUUUUCCUCAUACUCUCCUGGUAGCUGUGGUACAUAGUAUGGACUACUUGUCGCCGAGAUUGUCACGCUGGUUUAUCACUAGAACCAUGACGAAUAUUAGGGCAAGGGCAUUACGGAGGGGAGUGAACUAAAUGAUUUCAUAUUGAUUGUUUUAAUUUAUUCGUUAUAGAAAUAAAGUUGUUGAUGUGUGUUUGUUUUAUAACCGAAA